AGCUUUCAAGACAAUAAUGAAAACAUAACCUAUAAAUUGAGUUUUAUGGAAUCAUAAUUGAAUAAUAAUUUAAUAAUCAAUUGGAUAAAAGUUAUUACAAUGUCUUAUUUAUCCGCAAUAGGUCGGGGUUUUGUACAAAUGCGAACUUUAGUUAAUGUAAAUUCACAAUACCUUCAUACAAACAGUUCUUGCUUCGCUGCUGUGAAAAAGACUUCAGCGGCAGGAGGUGUAAUGGGCCUGGGUAAAGGCAAGAAGAAGGCUGGCAAACUGGGCCCGAUGGAAAAAAAGCAGCUGCCAGUUGAAACUGACCCCGUCAAGCUCACCACGUUCGUGUGCGGGUCUAACAUCUACACCACCGGAGAGGAUGUCAAGCUGAAGGACGACAGCGAGUACCCGUCGUGGCUGUGGACUCUGCGCACGGGCGCGCCACCACGCCUCGACGAGCUGGACCCAAACUCCAAGCGCUACUGGCUGCGCGUGCGCGCCGCCGGCAUGCGACGCAACAACCGCCUCAAGGCCAUGCGCAAGUUCUGACGACAGAUAGAAGACUACCCUCAGUGCGUCAACGUAAGAAUGCUUCUUUCUUCCACAUACUUCUGCAGACGACAGCCCAUCAAUGUCUAGAUGACCCACGCUGAACUGUCCCACCAAACUCAAUGACAGGGGGGCGCUACCAUUGUUCAACUAUAUGGUUUCCAACAUAGCAAAAAUCGUAACCAGUGGGUCUAGACAAAGUGCAAAUUAUAAUCGCAAACCAGUCGAAAAGUGGUCGAAAAGCCCCUUUUUUGUAUGGAGUUUUGACGGAUUCGAUUUUCGAUUCAAUCAAAAAGUGCGUUUUGUCUAGGGGGGCAGCAAUCCGGUAUUGACCGUGGCGCCCCACUGUCAAUGUCAUGCAUAGGACAGUUCAGUAUUUUGGAACUAUAGUAGCAAAUAGAUAUGAUUUUGCAUGCAAAACUUAUUUCUGAUUACUUAUUAAUCUUCUACAAGAUGUUUAUCUGUUAUAUGGGCUAAUUUUGCCAAACUGCAUUUUGUGUAGGUAAAUAUAAUGUUUCAUCACCACCAUGCCAUGCCCGUAUAAUAGUGAAUGCAAUGUUAUGAUGUGAUUGUGAAAAAACAAUGGGAGAAAGUCCAAUGUCCUGCCUAGUAUACUGUGGGUGCGAGUUAUUAUUUAUAAGAAAUAGUGUAAAUUCAUAAGUAGAUAGUGUAAGUAAAAUUGUUAAUAAAACAUGUUAUAAAACAAUAACAAUCUUUAAUUCAAAUAGUAAAAAUUCAAUUUGGACUCCAAAAAGACCAGUAACAAUACAAAAACUUUUCAAAAAUCAUUUGAAAUGUUCCAAUUCAUACAAUUUCUUCAACAUCACUGUUUCUUCACUUAUACAAUGUUUUUGUAAACAUUUUACUAGCACAUUACAAACAAGCAUCAAAGUCCAAAUGCUACAAAACAUUUAUAAAUACUUGAAUAUUG